AUGCAGCAGCAUGCCCAGUACAACGCCACCCAAUCCAAGGGUCCUCUUGUGCCUGGUCAAACAAUCUCAGUGAACAAGUACACGGUUCAGGUCGAGCGUUAUCUCAGCCAAGGUGGCUUCUCCUUCGUAUACCUCGUCAGGACUCCAACUCCUGUUUACAACACUACCCACCAUGUCCUUAAGCGCAUCGCCGUCGCGAACGAGACCAUGCUCAAUGAGGUGCGGAAAGAGGUAGACAUCAUGAGAAUACUCAAAGGGCAUCCCAAUAUCGUCUAUCUGAUUGACGCUGCAUGGCACAAACUUCAGAAUGGAACAUUCGAGGUCUUCAUCUUGAUGGAGUUUUGUCCAGGCGGUGGUAUCAUCGAUAUGAUGAACCGACGGCUUCGUGAACGGCUUACAGAGCAGGAGAUCCUUCAGAUUUUCGUCGAUGUUUGUGAAGGCGUAGCAGCAAUGCACAACCUCCGUCCCUCGUUGCUUCAUCGAGAUCUGAAGGUCGAGAACAUCCUACAAUCACACAACAGCUUCAAAUUGUGCGAUUUUGGCUCUGCAACUCCAGUAUCGUCGAGGCCGCCUUCCAAUACAGCUGAGAUCAGGGCGCUCGAAGCCGAUCUUAAUCGACAUACUACACUCCAAUACAGGGCACCUGAGAUGAUCGACCUAUUCCUCCGGCGGCCAGUGGAUGAGAAGUCGGAUGUAUGGGCCCUCGGAGUCCUUCUCUACAAGUUGUGCUACUACACUACCCCCUUUGAAGAGCACGGUCCUCUCGCUAUCCUGAAUGUGCAGUACCGAACGCCUCCUUAUCCUGUUUACUCGCCCCAGAUGAAUGCACUUAUUGCUUCAAUGCUUCGCGAGCAUGGUUCCCAUCGGCCAUCCGUGUUUGAGUUAUUGAACCAAGUGCAUCAGUUACGAGGGACCAAGUCACGUUUCACUUACAACGCACCGGUGCCUAAACCUAUCUCACCUCGCGCCGUCGAUCCUAAUGCCAACCCUCUUGAUAAUCUUGUCGCUUACCGACCUUCGCAACCGAAAGCUUCUCCUGGAGCUGCCGGCACAGGUGUCCAAGCUCGGGAUAAAGUACUCGAAGCUAUUGCUCCAAUGAGGCGAGGUCGACCACCAGCAGUUCAAGGUGAUAAAUCUGCACCAUCCUCUCGUGCCCCCAGUCCGUCAAAAGGGAAAGAAAAGAUCACCCCCCCUCAAGGCCAAAGAGAUUUGCUCUCAGACAACUUUAGUCCAGAAGAUGAUCGCGCGUGGAGAGAUGUAAACCUCAGCGCUGGAAUGGCUAACGCGGCGGUCAAAGGUCAGAAGUCCGGUGGAGUUGUUGACAAAGGGAGAUCAAGUACUAUGGACGAGCCUUGGAGGAUCGAUUCACAGACACCAGGGGCAAAAUCUGGCGAUGGCAAGGCGAUGCCUUCCAAUGCAUUUGGCGAUAACUUUGGGGAGAAGCUGUGGAACACCUACGAUGAUGGUCAGCUUGGGGGCGCGAAUGGAGGGGUAUCAAAGCCGGCUCCGCCAGCUGAAGGCAGCAGAAAUACAAAAGUCGUUGUGACUAAAGGGAAGGCGAAGGACGCUUUCGAGGGCCUAGGUCUCUCAUCAUCGAAAAACGCGCCGGCACCCACGUUGGGAGAGGCACGCAAACUUCGUACCGGACUGGUAACGCCCUCUUCCUCGAGCGGGAUGAACCGUGCUACCGUCACACCCUCGCCUUCGCUCGCACCGAAGCCAACUCCAGCGCCAGCAAUGCAUCCUACACCGUCGCCACGACCGGAAACGAGUCAGCCGCUUUCUUCCUCAUGGAAAUCUAUUCAUGCCGUAUCCUCAACUGGUCCUAAACCGCCACCGUCACCAAACCCCAAAUCUUACGAUGUCGGUGCAGAAAAUCGGUUCCCAUCCCUUGAGGAGCUGGAUGCUACGUUCAAUGCUACAUCACUUAGCCCUGGAUCUGCUCCUCCAGUCCAUCGUCCACCACAGGCUGACUUGGGUCAAACCCAGAGCUUCAAGUCAGGUUCCUCAGCAUUAUCAGCCCAUCGCCCUAAACCAGCUAUACCCGUGAGCGGCGUACGAUCACAGCAAGUGACUGGUGUGGCGAUGCGCGAAAGUAAGGAGGACGCUGAACGACCUCGUCGUCUGCCAGUAGAAGGGACUGGGAAUGGACAGGACAUUGGGUCGUCGUCCGCAGCGGGUAUAUCGUCUAUAUCUCCACAACCCAAACGUGCUUCGUAUCGACCAGUUUCUCGGCCGGCACUUUCUCGCCGUCACAGGAGUAGCAUCUCGAUUAAGCCUAAACCUCAGCGAACGGGUGACUCUAUACCAAUUUCCCCUGCCGCCAUGCAGCCUUCAUCCGUAGGCAAUGCACAAUCAAGGGCACAGGAUUGGCUUACUGGAGACGAUGAUGGGUUGGGUCCUCCAGUCCAAGAUGCGCAGGGCCGCGAGACACCGAUUCUUCGUCAAUUCACAAACAAACGUUCUUCUUUCAUCGAAGAGAGCACAGUGCAUAUUCAAUCACCUCAAGAAGCUGUCACCACCUCGGCGCAGGAGCAGCCAAUAUCACCGUCGCCUACCAAGAAAACGUCUUCAAGUCGUCGGGCGGACGCCAAAACUAUUGCGCCCCUGCAGGUUCGAGAAAGGACAACAUCUAGUCGACCUCUCUAUCAGCCACCUGCUAGCCAAACCAAUGGGCCAGACAAGAUGCUCUCCUCGAGUGAUGAAGACGAUGGUCCUGAAGAUGUUGCUCCCUAUAACUUUAAUGAAAGCCAUGAGAAGCGCGGGCAUAGGGGAAGGCAGAGUUCGGUCCAUGAUUUGGUGGAUCUUUGGGGCGGAGGCGUGGUUCAGACGAAGGAGCGACCUAGAGAGUCCCUGCAUAGUCCCGCUGUUCAAGGAUUUGGGGACGUUGGAUCGAGCUUGCAGAAGAGUAAAUCUAUAGUGCCCCCUCAGGUUGCGAAACAACGUACAAGUUCACCUCCACGAGUUCAGCCGCAGGCCUCUGGUGUGCGUCCUGCGAUGGACCCUCCCGUUUCUUCCAGUUCUUCUAGACGCCAGCCCACUUCUGGCCAUGGACGCAGAGGCUCAGUGGUGCCAUCCCCUGCCGAGCCUGUAUCCCCAUCCUCAUCAUCACGACAUCGACCUCAGUCGAUGUAUGCCUUUCCCAUGAACAAGGCGACCUCGGAAGGCCGCCUGGAGCCUCCAUCUAGUCCAGGACUGUCUGUCCCGGAAACCCCACGUAGAAUGGCGAGCCGAAGGACCUCUAUAUCUGACAUGGUCCAGCGUUUCGAGGGAAAUGUCGCGCCGACCGCGGUUAACCGCACUGGGAUUAGCCCUCAACAUAGCUCGCCAAAGCCAAGCAGCCUGAGCAAACCUAGUUAUCUGACACCCUCGAACACCCAUGAGCAACGACACGUCACGUCACCGCCUUACACGCCCAGCUCUCCUUUGGUCUCCAAGUUUGGCUCAAGCAACAGCAUUCAGGGCGUUGCCGCCUCAACUACAGGUCAGGGGAGGCAUUUCGUAUCGUCUACACCCUCCGGCGCACCGAGACCCAUUCCCUCAGACGCACCAGGAAGGAAACGGACAAUGUCACAAGGACCAUCUGCGCUAUCGGGUUUGCCCUCUACGUCGCUGACCAAGACCAUGCCGUCCUCGCGAGAGCCAUCUUCGGGGCUCGAUGGUCUGCCUUCAUCCUCAUCGUUCCCGUCGUACAAGUCCCCCAGCCCGACCGAGGACAGCUCGGGCUCUUCGUCCCCAGAGAGACCUUAUCAAGGUGUGGGUAAGCUGAUCGACCAAUGGCAGCGCAAGACGGUGGAUCCAGAUCAGUCACGCGGACCCCCACCGCGCCGCGGGGGCUUUGUCGCAAAGCGGGCGGGCCUCGUUUCUGGGGGAGGCGGUCGAGGGGCGUAAGGGAGAUACCUGUUAAUUCUAUCGGCGGAUAACACACAUAUAGUCUAAAUUAUCGCAUGCAUAGCAAGGACUGUACAUCGACACGAAACCAUCUAACGUUGAUCAC